AUGGGAUCGCGAAAGCGCAGCCGCUCCGAGGCCAAUGCUGCCCUUGUGCAGGAGCCAACAGAAGAGCCAGGUCUGCUCAAGCAGAUACGCAGCAGCUGGGAGUUCGCUAGUCUCAUGCAAUACAUCGCCAUUUUUGGCAAAAUUAUGAAGAUUGAUGAGGAUUUCGAGAUUGAGGAUCUCGAAGAUGAAUGUCUCAAGCCUGAGCCUUCGCAUAAGCUGUUGGAGAUCGGACUCUGUCUGUUGAAAUGGGUCUCUUCGCAUCGAGGUCUUACAUCCGAGACUUUUGAUGAAUACACCCGUCGACAGUACAACGCGAAGUGCCCGAAUAUCCCCAAUCCCUUCGGUUACGACGAGGAGCCCCUAAAGUUCCUCCACUUUGAUGUCUUCACAAAGCUUCGUGUCCUUCAUCAACUGUCCGUGUGGACCUUCUGGAAUGCCGAUCGCAUUCGGGAUAAGAUGCCGGAGAAGAAAGAGAGCGAACAGCUCCAAUGGCGCAUAGAAGAAUUCGGUUAUGACCGCGAGGGUCGUUCCUACUUUGUCCUAGAUGAUAACCGUCUUUACCGCCGCACCGAUCCUCCUAUCCCCGCGCAACAGCGCCCCAAGAAGAAGCCGAAGAGUCGUUCGUCGCGGACAUCCCGAACCUCGAGACGUGUGUCGAGUCUCGCCGUGGAAGAAGAAUCCGAUAAUGAAAGCAAGGGGGAGCCUGCUAAUGGUGCCUCUGGAGACGACUACAAGUGGGAAUGUAUCGCUGUCACCCUGCCAGAAUACCAGGAAUUUUUAGAGACUAUUCGGAAAAGCAAGGACGCGGACGAGAAGUACCUCCACGAUCAAAUCCAGGAGCAUGUCGUGCCCCUCUUGGAGAAGACCGAGGAGGCGCAACAGCGCAAGCGCAUCAAACGCGAGAAGGAACUGCUCAACAUGCAGCUCCUCGCCGGAGCUAAGCGAUCCAGCCGACUUCAACAAAAGGACGAGCGUGAACGUGCCGAGAGAGAGGCCUUGGAGGCCGCUCGAAAGCACGAGUCCGAUUUGGCCGAGGCUCGUCGGGAGCAGGCAAGACAACAGCAACUCGAGCAUGAUCGACAGUCGCGUAUGAUGACUCGUGAGCAGCGCACCAAGGAUCGUGAGCAGAAGCGCAUUCUGCAUGAAGCAGAGCUUGAGCGGAUCGCUGCAGAGCAAGAGAAACUGGAGCGUGGCGAAGGCAGGGUCUCUGCGCGGAACCUCAAAGCCGAACUGGAGAAGUCUCAGAAGAACUUGACCGAAUUAUCUCAAGAGGACGAAUGGGUCUUUGACUGUUCCGGAUGUGGUGCGUAUGGCGAGAACCUCGAUGAUGGUAGCCAUAGCGUUGCAUGCGAGAAAUGCAAUGUCUGGCAACAUAGCAAAUGUCUUGGAAUCGCACAGGCAGAUGCUGAGAAGGACGACUUCCACUUUAUCUGCACUGAUUGCAAGCGAAAGGAGGAAGAUGCCAGUAGGCCUAAGAUUCCACCUCUCAAGUUCCGCGUCAGCUCUUCUGCAUCGCCUCAAUCCACCCCUCCUACAUUGAAAAAACGCAAGGUGGAAGACCAUGACCUUGUUCCAUCAUCGCCUGUGAAGCAGACCCACGCUGCUCUGUCUAACAUGCAAAAUGGCCCUCCACCAUCUACUACGCAUCCUACCCAACCUUCUCUCCCUCCGCUCACCUCCCAAGGCCAAUUCUAUGCUCCUCAGUCCCCCGAGCGUCGGUCGCACCCUACAAACCAAACUCCUCUGCCUUCUUCCAGCCCUCCUCGACCUACUUUCUCCCCGCCAAAGAAUGUCCCCAUCCAUCCUUCUAUGAACCAACAAUCCAGGCUUGGACCCGGCCAGCAUAUGUUCAAGCCUAUGCAUCCAGGUCCCCAGCUACCUCCUAUUGGGGCUUUCCACCCCGUGCGGCCUUCUUCAUCACACUCUGGGCGUAGUCCGACCCAGAACCAACCUUCCAUGUCGCCAACCCAAGGCAACCACGAGGUUGGACCCCUUGUAGGAUUUCCAUACGCAGCGCCUGCAAAUGGAUCAGGCAAUUUUUCUUCAUUUGAAAGCUAUGCGACUCCCCGUCCUCAGUCUGGGCAUGGAAUGCCACCGUCUAUGUCUAGCCACUACCCAUCAUUUUCUGCUCGUGGGACCCCUAAUGGCAACCAUUCCUCUCCUCCGCACAGCUCUCAUGGAAUUGGCAUGUCGGGAAUCAGUCCUACCAAACAAUCUCCUCGUCCCGUUACUUCGGGUAGUGGUAUGGCAGGCGCUCCGGUCCUACCUCCAAUCCGCCGGUUGGAACCCAGCCCCAAGCUUAUGGGCCGCAGCUCGCCCGAUGCCCCGAUUCCUCCGCCUGUAAAAUGUAUGACCCCUGAGCAAGAGGAGCGCCGCGCCCGUGAGAAUGCCUCAAUCUUUCACCCAGGCCCUGGCCACAGCGCGCUCAUGUCAUCACCCACCAUGAACCGCAUCCCCCCUCUUCUUGGGCCUGCAGCCACACAGCCAGAGCCCAUGCCAUCACCACAGCGCGGUGGCGAUGCUUCACGACAGUGA